UUCAACGACUCUAAUGAACGCUGUUAGGACCGUUUUGUCGAGUGUUUGAGCAGCAACCUUCCAAGAGCUAAAAUUACAGCUAGACGUCAUUAGCUUUUAGCGUUACGUCGGUUUGUAUAAUUCGUUUUUUGAUAUAAAAGUAAAAAUGUCGAAAAUUAUAAUGAGCGGAAACAAGCUGUGGUUGUUUUUUCCCCACCUAAUCACCAUUUUUUUUAAACAGCUGUUGAGAUCUAUAGCUAAAUAUGGAAAGUAAGACUACCGCGUAACCGUUGGCAAAUCGAAUUGCAGUAGCUGCCAGCAUAUUAAGCACAUUGAUUUCUGGCGUAUUUUCCCCCUUUCGAUUCACGACCAGCCUUACUAAAAAUUCGGAGGGAGCAGGUAGGCUAGAAAGCGGACAUGCCCUGUCGUAGUUGUAAGAGCUUCGUUUGGGCCUCGACUCUUCGCUUAAACCGUGAAAUGGGAUACACCGCAGCAGCGUGUGGGAAGCCAUUAAAAAAAUCUGUCUGAAGGGGCAAAGAAAGGCAGCUUCAGGCUGGGAUUAAAGGGGGGUGUAGGGAGAGAUGAAAAACACCUAGGGUUUAAAUGGGACGUGGUUCAUCGUUAAUGUACGAUGGUUCGUGUACACAGGUUAUACGCUCUCUUUCAAAGAUGGUUCGGACGAAUUACGGACCAUCACGCAUUAAGCCCAGACCCUAUGACGAUUCUCACCGACAUAAUGAAGGGAGUUACACCCCAAACUCUAAAAGUCGAAGAGAUGACCAGGAAUACUCUAAUAAAGCAUCUCCUAGCUGGAGAGAAUCCAGAGGUAGAGGACGAGGGCGGCCAGCACCGGCUGGCAGAAGAACGCCUGACAUGGCGUCUCAUCGGGAGCCACGGUUUAAUCACUGGAGGUCACACAGUCAGGAUUCCUUCCAAUCCCACCCUUCAAAAAUGGACCAACAUCACAGCCAGCGCAGGCAGUCUCCAUUGCGUCUCAGCCGUACCCCUCAUCACCGCUCACCCCCUCACAGUCCUGCACACAUACACCAGAGUCAAAGGGGUCCACCUUUUCAUGGCCACUCCUCAGGUCCCAGGUCAUCUUCUCCCAGACACUUUCGUAGCCACCCAGCUGACAGGAGACCAGGCGCUGCGCCUGCUUACCGGGGAUCUUUUAGGGGUCCCAGAAGGCAGUCAGGUUUUCCUCCUCCAGAUCACCGCAGUCGAGACCCUCAUCCAAGAGAAAGAGGUUAUGAACAGUCAGGUCAUGGCAUGAAGCGCUGGAAUGAACCUGCAUCGUUCUCUCAUCCCCACAAUGGAGAGCAUCGUCCCUCUGGGCCACACAGGAGCCUCAGAGAUGUGCCAGGAAGAGGCCCAUGUACAGAGAGGUGGUCAUCCGAACAAGAUUCCAGGAGACAGCGUGGUCCUGUGGAGAGGCAAGGCAGCAGAUCCCACAGUCGAGAGAGGGCACAAAAUGCCCCUCGCCCACCCCCUUACAGAGCUCCCUCAUGGAAAGGAGGCCCUCCACCACCAUCCUCAUCACCCUACUACAAGAGCCUUCCAGAGAGGAAUGAUUUAGGACCCCGCAAGAGGAGAAUAUCAAAUAUUGGCGUGCCCUCUUCAGGCCCAGAGCCUUAUUAUGGGAAGUAUCCCAGGAGAGAGAGACCUCAGCUGAUGAGUAUCCCCAGGCUGUUUGGUAGGCCCCCAUUUUCUUUUAGGGGUAGAGGCUACCACACCAGGGGCCGACCAUUUAGAGCAACAUCUCUCAUGAGGCUGAGAAUUCCUCCAACAAUGAGACCAAGGCCUCGUUUUGGUGAAAUUGCCACACGGGGACAUGCCAGCUCCAUUCUUGCCAUCAGGAAGAGACGUUUCCAGAUGAAGGUGGAUUCUCCGCCCAAAGAGGAACAACGAAAGCCAAGACCUGAACAAUCGCCAACCAGAGAGGACGACAGUGCCAGCAAAUCUUCAAGAGACUCUGACACAGGAAAAGAACAGGUGGAGUCUCGCCGGUCGUUGAGCAAACACAGAUCUUCUCCCAUAGAGAAACGUGAUCUCGUCGUUUUGUCUCACUGGCCUCCGGGACCAAGUUCGUCCAAAGACGGCUCGCCUCCAAAAGCUUCCAGCCCGAAGUCCAAAACCGACCGCAGUUCAGAUGGGGAAAGCACAUCGCAUAGACGCCUCUCAAUUGAUUCCAGAUCAUCUGAAGAAAGAAAACGUGACUACUUGGACAAAAGAGUGUUUAGACCUGUUAAUGAGAUGCAUGACGGCAGCAGACCUCCACGGCUGCCUUUCAGGAGACCAGGACCAAUGCAACGGCCAAGGUUUCCUGGUUCGAGGAGCACAGGCCCAGACCUGUCAGAAAAUGUCAGAAGACCUCUGAUGGAGACCAUAGUUCCUCGCCCGUUUCCAUAUCAGAGACCAGUGUUCAGAAAAAGCUACAGCAUCGUGUCUAAAUACCGAAACAUGAGGGUGAUGCGCCAGCGAGCUCCGUACAACAGAGGACCCAUCCAACGCUAGUGAUAAACUCUGAGGUGUAAAAUUGUGAAUGUAAAAGCUGGGAAACACUAAAACCUGCCAAGAUGGAUUUCCCAAACCUGAGCAGCUUGUAUGUUGUCAAGGUGUUCCCCCUACGAUGUGGUCCUUGGUGUUUCAAUUGCUUUAUUUAACCUUUAGUGUAUCUAUUUUUAGAAAGUUUCUAAUUGUAAGAGCAUCUUAUUUUUGGACACUGGUUUGGGAGAAGUUGCUUUAAAAGUUGUCAGUGCUGGUUUUACUUAAGAUAUGCUAGUGUUUUCUUUUGUUUACAAGAAGCAAUCAGACAUUUUCUUUAAUACGUGUCUUUAUAGGCUUGUACCGUACUGUCAGCGGGCUACUUAUGAUUAAAAAAAUCUGAAAUAUAACUCAAAUCUUUUUUUUUUUUUUUUUAAGACUUAAAAUUUGUUUUAUAUGAACUGUAGAGAUCACUAUUGC